UCAAACGGACCCCCCUUGGCAAGUUCGCGGACAUACGCCGCUAGCCCGUGCCAUCCUAAUUCCUAGACACCUCCCGGCGAUGUACUCCUGCGACGACCGCGACCGCGACCGCUCGGCCACGGCGGCGCGCAUCAUGGAGUCCGGCGCCAAGUACCAGCCAUGCAACACGGCGGCGACGCGGACGGCCGCCGGCCAGGUCCCCGUGGACAGGCAGCAGCAGCCGUCGCCGCGGCGCGCCAGGAGGAAGCACUCGGGGUCGGCGUCGGCGUCGCGCCGGUCGGCCACCACCGUGGUGGCGACCGACGUGUCCAACUUCCGCGCCAUGGUGCAGGAGCUCACCGGCUUCCCGCCGGCCGCCAUCUUCCGGCCGCUGCCGCGCCGGGCCCACGCCACCGGCCACUCCCUGGCCGCCGCCGCGCAUGGGUGCGGCGGUGCGCUGCAGGGCCACCGUUCGGACGCGGCAGCCACCGCCGGAAACUUCCCGGCCGUGGCGCAGCCGCUGGCGCACCCGCCGCAGUGCGCACCGCCGGGCGUGUUUGACGGGCUGCCCGACCUCGGGUCGCCGGAGUUCGACACGUGGCCUGACUUGUCCUUCGAAUGACAUACAGCAGUCCUGGUCGGUAGAUUGUUAUAAUCAAGGGUGACUUGGUAAUUUCCUCCUGCUCAUGUUUAUGUUUGCGUUUGGCAAAGUCCUUUUCAGAAACAAAAGGAUGUCAUUUGUACAGCACACAAGUUUAUACAUGGCUAAAGUACUUAAGGGCUUAGCUUUUUCAUCAGAAGAAAUACAUUCCGGGUUUUUGCUAUAA